GCAAGUACGUUGAUAUCGUUGCUUCAGUCUUUUGCGCGACCAGCGCCUUCUCACAACACUCUCACCUUCAUAUCUGCACUUCACCACAGUCGUCAUGUCGGCUGCUCGCACCUUCCUUCGGGCUGUUCCCCAGCACGUCGCUCGUCGUGCGGCGUGGGCAACCCCGCGCGCCACCAUCCCACGAGUGGCAAUGCAGGCAAGCCGGGCACCCGCCGCUGCAGCCGUCCGCUUCGGCUCCACCCUUCCUCCUCGCAACCCCUCUUUUACCCAGGUCACCGAGGAUCAUGUCAAGCACCUCCGAAGCCUGCUCGGCUCCACUGGGUCGCUCAUGUCGACUCUUGACGGCUCGGCUUCAGCCGAUGAGCUCGUAGCUUACAACGACGACUGGAUGAACAAAUACCAUGGCAAGAGCCAGGUUGUUGUGAAGCCAAAGUCGACUGAGGAGGUAGCCGCCGUCAUGAAGUACUGCAACGAGCAGAACAUUGCUGUCGUCCCUCAGGGCGGUAACACCGGGCUUGUCGGCGGUGGUGUCCCCAUUCACGACGAGGUUGUGCUCUCGCUCGCCAACAUGAACCAGAUUCGUUCGUUUGAUCCAGUGUCGGGCAUCUUUGUUGGCGAUGCUGGAGUCAUCCUCGAGGCAGCCGACAACUUCCUCGCGGAGAAGGGCUUCAUCUUCCCUCUUGACCUGGGUGCUAAGGGCUCGUGCCAAAUCGGCGGUAACGUCGCCACGAACGCAGGUGGUCUUCGCCUCCUCCGUUAUGGCUCGCUUCAUGGCACCGUCCUCGGCCUCGAGGUCGUCCUGCCGGACGGAACGAUUUGGAAUGGUCUCCGCACUCUCCGCAAGGAUAACACCGGUUUUGAUCUCAAACAGCUGUUCAUCGGUUCCGAGGGAAGCUUGGGCGUCAUCACGGGUGUCUCGAUCAUGUGCCCGCGCCGUCCUAAGGCAAUGAACGUUGCCGUCUUCUCUGUGGAGUCGUACGAGGCCGUUCAGGCCGUUUUCGCCGACGCCAAGGACUACCUCGGAGAGAUCCUGUCGGCAUUCGAGUUCUGGGACCAGCAGGCGUACGCUGUCGUCCGCAAGCACCACGAAGAGCACCUUGGUGGUGAGCGCAAGGUGUUUGAGAAUGAGGGACCGUUCUACUGCCUGAUCGAGACUGGUGGUUCCAACGCCGAGCACGACGAGGAGAAGCUUGGCAACUUCCUGGAGCACGUCAUGGCCGAGGGCAAGGUCAUCGAUGGCGUUCUCGCGCAGGACAGUGCGCAGUUCACCGGUAUCUGGUCGCUGCGUGAGGGCAUUCCUGAGGCGUGCGGCAAGUUUGGCUCCGUGUACAAGUACGAUCUCUCGAUCCCCGUUGGGAAGAUGUACGAUGUGGUUGAGAAGGUCCGCGCGCGCGUGCGCGAGGCAGGCCUUCUCAAGGGGGACGGUUCGAUGAGCGACCCCAUCCGCGCCUUCGUCGGCUACGGUCACAUGGGUGAUGGCAACUUGCACAUUAACAUUGUCGCCGAGGAGUACCGCGAGGAGAUUGAGGCUGCCAUCGAGCCUUACGUGUACGAGGUUGUUUCCGAGUACAAGGGUUCCAUCAGUGCUGAGCACGGUCUCGGUGUGAUGAAGGCACCACACAUCCACUACUCGCAGGACGAGACGUCGGUCAAGAUUAUGCGUGACAUCAAGCAGCUCUUCGACCCCAAGGGCAUCUGCAACCCGUACAAGUACCUC